AUGCCUGAAUCCAUAGCAGUUGGGGAUCUCAUUUGGUGUGCAGUUAAACCGAUUAUUAAAAUCAUAGUUAUAAUGGGAAUUGGUUUUUUAUUAUCAAAAAAAAACAUUCUAACUGUUGAAACAUCAAGAAACUUAACUGAUAUAAUUUUAAUCUUAUAUUUGCCUUGUUUAAUCUUUGAUAAAAUUGUCACAUAUAUCUCAAUAUCAGAUUUAAAAUCAAUUGGUGUUAUUUGUUUAUCGGCGCUAUUUAUCUACUUGACUGGGUUAUUCAUGGGGAUUUUGACAUUAAUCUUGACUCCUGUUCCUAAACAAUGGUAUGGAGGUUUAUUUGCUGCUGCUAUUUUCCCCAAUAUAGCUGAUUUGCCAAUUGCUUAUCUCCAGACUUUAGGUGCUGGAUUGAUCUUUACUGAAGAAGAAGCAAAUAAAGGUAUAGCCCAUGUUUGCAUCUUUUUGGCGACUUUAAUAUUUGUGUUUUUUAAUUUUGGUGGAUUUCGAUUGAUUGAAUUCGAUUUCAGAGAGAAAAACAGCGAUGAUAAAGAAAAAAGCGAUGAUAAAGAAAAAAGCAAAGAUAAGGAGGGAAAAGACAAGAAAUUGAAGGAUACAGAUAUAGAAAACUCGAGUUUUAAUAUUUUUAAUAAAAUUUCUUUAAUAGCUGCAUCAAAAAGCCAGUCAAAUACACUUACCGAUGAAAAUGAAAAUGAAGAUAAAAAUGAAAAUGAAGAUAAAAAUGAAAAUGAUGAAACUCAUUCAUCAUCAAAUGAACUAAAAACCCUGAAAAUUAAAUCAAUGAGAGAAUUACCAUCCCAAACACUUGAAGACGUUAUUGAAGAGUAUAAUAGACCAACAAAGUAUAGACUAAAACCUGAAAUGGGACCUGAAAAUAAUUUAAAAUUAAUUAUGACCACAGAUGUGGGAAUUUCUAAUGAGAAUAUCAGAUCAGCAGGAUCAAGUAAUAAGAUUGUUAAGAAAUACAAACUUGGGUGGUUGGUAUUUUUAUUUCAAAAUUUUUUAAGACCUAGUUCAUUUUCUUUAUUGGUGUCUUUAACAAUAGCAUUAGUUCCAUGGUUAAAGGCAUUGUUUGUUCAUACAGAACAAGUGUCUGUGGAUGUGAUUAAAGACGCGCCAGAUGAAUUACCACCAUUAAAUUUUGUGAUUGAUAUUUGUUCAUAUAUUGGACAAGUGACAGUUCCCUUUGGAGUAAUAUUGUUGGGAGCUAUAAUUGGAAGAUUUGAGAUUCAGAAGAUUAAAAAACGAUAUUUGAUCUGUUUAAUUUUUUUGGCUUUGUUGAAAUUAUGUAUAAUGCCAAUAAUUGGUAUAUUUUGGAGUAAUAAGAUGAGAAAGAUUGGAUGGAUAGACGAUGAUAUGAAUUAUUUUGUUGUAUUUAUUAUUUUUUGUUUGCCAUCGUUGAGCAGUCAAGUUUAUUUUACAGCGUCGUUUAGCCCGGUAGAUGGAGAUGAGAGGAUUCAGUUGGAUUGUGUGAGUAUGUUUUUCUUAAUACAGUAUGUGGUGUUGAUGAUUAGUUUGCCCAUUGCAGUGACAUAUGUUUUUAAGAGGGAGAUGGAGAUUUAA